UGAUCAGUUGCUACGAGGCUCCUGAGUGUUUCGCAACGAAUCACACGGCGACCGCGGCAAUACUCGGCAAUGAGGUUGACGAAUUACUUUUGUUUCUUUUUUUAUUGACAUUGAAAUAAAAAGUUUAUAUCGAGCAUAAAUGGAGCGUACUUGAGAAAAAAAAAAUCAAAUUUAUGACGAGUUUGAGGUGCAAUGACACGAGCGACUCGUCGCUGCUGUCAUGACGGUACAUCAAUAAUGUCAUUCACAAAAAAACAUCGAGGCAAGGUUAAUGUCGACUACAAGGCACGUCUCGAACAUAAAUUGUACUUGGCUCGAGAAAACCCAGAACCAGUAUUUGACAUUUCGGAUUGUUCAUUGAAACAAGUACCCUCAGGAAUCUAUUCGUUAUGCAAAGUUUUCCGAAAGAGGGUAUUGUUGAUGCAAUGCAACAGACUGACGACUCUAUUGGGCGGAGGUGCCUUGAGCGAUCUCUCGCUCUUAACUGUAUUAGACCUACGCAAUAAUGAAUUUACAAAUUUGCCAACCGAAAUUGUUCAUCUCGUAUCACUCAAGGAGCUCUAUAUACAGGAUAAUAAUAUACGCAAGUUGCCUGCAGAAUUGGGAGAUUUGGAAAAUCUGACAAUUCUCAAUGUUGCAAAGAACAAACUGAAAGGAUUGCCGGACAGUAUGGGAAUGUUAAAGAAGCUGAGCAUCUUGGAUAUUAGCAGAAAUGAGGCUGUGCAAAAGUUACCAAUGACUUUGGGACAGGCCCAAUCAUUGAAGGAAAUCAAUUUAGAAGGAUUGGAUAACCUCAGCUAUCCGCCCAAAGACAUUCUUUUGGGUGGUACAAUAGUCAUUGUAGCCUUUUUAGCCCACGAGUGUGGAAUCGAAUAUGCUCCAGAAAAAUAUAAAAAAGAAGAAGAAUCGGUCUUGAAUGUGGAUGAACAGGAGGACCAAGCACGAAGAUUGAACAAGGAUUCGAUCGUUCAGGCAACCUUAACGAGGCUAGAAAAAGAAAAGGAAAUGCGACAGAAUGCUCUUCUCGAGGUUGAAAAAAAUAUUAAGGAGCAACAAGAGUAUGAACUCGAGUUGCAGUCCGUGCUCAAAGGUCAUCGAAAAAAACUUCUAGACGAUUUGGUCCAGCAACAGACACAACUUGAACAAGAAAUCGAAAAAGUACAACAGGAGAGAGAUCUCAACCGUGCGAGACUUCUCUCAUUUAUUUAUAACGCUGAGAAAGAAGCAGAUCACGUUAUAACGGAAUUUCUACGAAGCAGCGAAGAGGAAAGACAGACCCAAGCUGAGCUGCUUGAACAAGAAAAAUUGGAAGAGAUGAGAAUAUUGUCGCAGUGUCAUACCGAGCAAUUUAAUCUUCGCACGAAAGAAACUUUACUUGCCAUGGAGGAACUACUGGGGGAGGAACUCUUAACGGAAAGGAAAAUCGACGAGUACACCAAAUUUCGUGAUUGUAACGCACAAUCGUUACUGGAAUUAGAGGUAAGAAACAAUCAUCACCUGGCUGAAGUGGUGAGGGACCAAAAAAGGAGUCAAGAAGAUUUGGUCAACCGACUACGAAAGGACGAAGUUUUGCAAAGAGCAGCUGUGGCUGCACUGCUCGAGAGAAGCGACGCUCGAUCCUGGAGUAUCGUGCAACAAGUGACUUUGGUACAAUCCCAAUUGGCUGCACUAACCAGUAUCGAGCUUGAGCGGAAGAAAUUCGAAAUCAAUCAGCAAAUAAAUGAUUUGGCUGAUAAGCGUGUCACGUUGAGCGCCAUUCUCGUCGAUUUAUUGGAUCAACAAGAAAAACGAAGGAAACAACUGUUGGAAACGAUUCAGCAAAUCGAAGAACAGAGAAACGUUGAUAGCACAAGAAGAAACAGUUUGUUCUGGUUGAUGCAAUAUCAAUCUUUGAUGGAAGCAAGACCAAAGGGUCUUUUGGAGGGUCUCGAGCCAACGUUAGUACGUCAUGUAGCGAUUGCAGGCGCGCUGCAUUGUUUGCCUUUUCUCGUGACAUUGCCUUCGCUGAUGCAAGAUUUGGACGAUGAAAGACUGCAAUCGAUCGGAAUUCACUGUGAAAAGGACCGUGCAGCUAUCAAAUUGGCAGUGGAGAAUUAUCUAGCUGAGAAAAAAUUAGGCGAAUCGCCGAUUGAUCCAUCAGCGCCUAUCGAUCUUCUAGGAUCGCCCGUUUAUCCGUCAGCCCCAUCUGAUGAGCCUUGUACAAGUUCUAAAACGCACGAACCUACGACCAUUCCGAGUAUAAGUACAACCGAGUGCGUUGUCUGUCUUGAUUCGCACUGCGAAGUGAUAUUUCUUCCAUGCGGACACCUGUGUUGUUGCGCCGCAUGUUCCAGCAAAGUAACAACCGAAUGUCCAAUGUGCCGUGGCCUGAUACAGCGCAAAGUACAGGCAAUUUGAAGUCUCAAAUUUUUUUACAUAUACACGUUUGACUAUUAAAAGUUUGUUAAUUAUUGGAAUAAGCACAGUGUGCUCGAGCUUCGUAUCUCAGAUCGGAUUUACGUCUGUACGAAAUGCCUCAAUAUCCCACAUUUUAUCGGAUCAAAUUAUCUCACGAUGUGCUUUUUUGCACUUGUUGAAUUUUAAAAAGCCCUCAAAAUAGAAUUUCACAUCGACAACAAUACUCAACGACGUCAUCAAUGGAUAUCGACACUAUACGAGCAAACAAAUUUUACGUUUAUGAUUAUUCCAAUUACUACAAUCAGAAAUUUUAUUUAUAAACCAUUGAAGUAGGAGAUCCUGAAUGACUUGCCAAGCAAGCUUCCCAACCCAAGAGCAAGGCCUUGAAAACAAUCAAAAAGAGAAACCCCUUUAGAGGAUUCUCGAGAAUAUGAAGGCCAAUAAUUGUUUCAAGAAGAAAAAAUCAAUAUGUUCGAAGAGUUAUUUUUAUUCAAUUUGUUAUGUAUUGCAAAAAGCAAUUCGACGCCAAGGGCCUCCUUCUAGUCUUAUAUUGUACAUUUUUAUGUUGACAUUGAAGCCAUCCCACUUUACAUUGUAUAAAAAUACAGAUAUAAUUUAAAAAAUGAAAAAAGAGAAAAAAAACGUACAACAUUUUAUUACUUAACAAUAGACCUAACACAGUUAUUAUAAUAGAAACAAUAUAAAAACCUAA